AACAGAACCAGAGCUGCACUGCAUCUGUUCUCAUCCAGACACGUCUCUGCCUCUGACCAUCAGAGCAUCUUCGCCUGGCUACCAGUUAUGUCAAACCCAGUGGGCAGUUUAUCAGAAGACACAGUGUAUGGAUCCCGGAUUGGGAUGACAGAGGACCCCAACGCCAUCCUGGAGCGAAACCGAGGCUCUGGAGAACCCUGGGACCUCGAGGAGUCCAAACCAAACGUGGAGGCCCUGGAGCGCGGCGUGCCGGGUCUCUACCUGUCCUGCUUCGACAUGCUCCUCACUGAAGAUGCCACCUGGCUGGUGAAAGUUUCAGAGAACUCUCCGACGCUGGCGGUGCCCAUGUCUCGCAUGGAGCCGCCCCAGGAGGAACCGGAGCAGUGCCCCGUCAUCGACAGCCAGGAGCAGGGACUCUCCCCCGGGCUGGAGGGGCAGGAGGAGGAGCGCUCUCUGGAGCAGGUGCAGAGCAUGGUGGUGGGAGAAGUGCUGAAGGACAUUGAAACCGCCUGCAAGCUGCUCAACAUCACUCCAGACCCCAUAGAGUGGAACACAGGGAACGUCCAGAAGUGGCUGCUGUGGACUGAACAUCUGUACCGGCUGCCCCACGCAGGAAAGGCCUUCCAGGAUCUGACAGGAAAAGAUCUGUGUGCCAUGAGUGAGGAGGAGUUUCACCAGCGCUCGCCGCAGUGUGGAGACACGCUGCACGCACACCUGGACAUAUGGAAGUCAGCUGCCUGGAUGAAAGAGAGGUGUUCAGUUGGAGACACAAAAACUACCGUGUGCGAGGAUCUUUGGUCCGAAGCAGACUCGUCUUGUUCGGGCCAGCCCAUUCACCUGUGGCAGUUCCUCAGAGAACUCCUGCUUAAACCUCACAGCUACGGACGCUGCAUCCGCUGGCUCAAUAAAGAAAAAGGUAUUUUUAAAAUCGAGGACUCGGCUCACGUUGCGAGACUGUGGGGACUCCGAAAGAACCGACCCGCUAUGAACUAUGACAAGCUGAGCCGCUCCAUACGUCAAUACUACAAGAAGGGCAUCAUACGCAAGCCGGACGUGUCUCAGAGACUCGUGUACCAGUUUGUUCACCCAGUAUGAGGCGGCAGCAUCAUGGGAGGAAGAGGAAGAUUAGGAGAUGGAAACUUACAAAACGUAAAAACUAUCUCAUCAUGCACUUGAACACCUGAGCCCGAGACGCAAAGGUGACAGGAAACACGUGCACUGACCAACCCCAAUGGUACACACUGAGACGACAGCUAGCAGCUGCUGCGUGAAGGCUUAUCUGUGCACGGUCCAGGAGGAAGAGACAGAACAACGCGGUGGCUGUUGAGGCUUUUUUUUCCCCCUGCUGCAGAAUAAAACAACCACAGAUUUAGAAAAACAAAAAAACUGCCUUUUCAUUUGCAUGUUCUGCCUGUUUAUCUUUCCAUAAUGUGAUUCCCAUUACUCUUUACUGCAAACAGUUAGAACUGAUUGCUCUUUACAAGCUUCAGGAAAACGCCCCACAGCUACAUCUGCUUUGUCUUUCAGUUUCGCUCAUCUUGACCACUGCCUCUGUUUGAAUUAGAGCCAGUUUUCCUGCCUCAGUUGAACGAGUGGUUGGGAUUGUUUUGCUUCUUUUUUGGGUUUGGUCCUGACUGUAAAACACACAAUCAGUAAGUCAUAAACCAUUUUUAAUCUCAUCUGAAAUUGUACAGAGAAGGAACUUUAACAGUUUUGCUGGAUCUGGAUCCAGCGGUGACUGUUGUGACUGUGUCAUGUAAUUAUUUCUUUGUCAAAGGUGUAACUCAGUGAAGAGUUGUCAUGCAUUUCAUGAAUAUAGUUUCACUGCUUUAUAUAUUUUGUGCUGUAAACUUUGAUUUGUACUGCUGUUCAUUGCAUUUCAUGUUGUGGGUGUUUUACUAUUGAAACCCAAAGUGUUAAAAAUAAAAUAAAUAUGAAAAACAUUAUGAAAUAAAUAGACAUA